CCUGGAAGCAGGUCGGUUGUUUACCAGGAUGCAGGAAUUUAAGUGGCAGCGUUGCUGCAGGAUCGUGCACUAUUGAAGAAAGUGUUUGUAAAGGAUAUUGCUGCUAAUUUCAGUCCAACGCGAUGAGGCCCUAUCUGCUCAGCCUCCUAGUGGUUAUGGUCGCCAUGAGGCCCGUCCAAGGUUCCCGACUGAAAAAGCUGGAGGAGGAAAUGAAAUUCGUAAAAGGCAUCCUCUUCAAGGAGCUGGGAUCCAUUCGAGAUGAGGUGAAAGAACUCACCGCGAGGGUGGAACUUCUGGAAAACUCCACGACCGCACAGGGAUUGGACAGCUCAAGUCAAGAUAUAGGGCCUUCUGUCGACACGUUUGAUGGUAAAGGCAAAGCACAAACUUUAACUACCGAGAAUAACGACGCACGCGUUGACGCAGAGAUAAAAUAUAUCCGCAAGGCUUACUCUCAGGACAAAGAGGCUUUACAAAUCCUGAAGGUAAGUGUCCAAGGUAGCAUAAUGGACCUUGAACACAGAGUAAACGCUCAAAUUGAACAACUGACGUCACAAUCUCAGCAACAUAUUGAAUUUAUUCAAGGAAAUAUAUCGCUGGCUAAAUCCACAUUGUCAGAUCUCAUCAACACUACAGCUGUAAGCGUCCGUACUGUGUAUAAUGACAUGAACAUGACAGUGACUGAAUUCAUCGCGAAUGCAAGUGGACUGAUUUCUUUAAAACUUAGUGAUACAGUUCAAGAUUUGGAACAAAAUCUCACUACCAUGUAUCGGCAUAAUGACAACGUACUUCAAAGGUUCAUGUUUACCGCUGAUCAAAACGUGACGGAAGUUCUACUUUUAGCAGAACGCAUUGGCAAUAUGAUCGUGACUAACUAUACAUACAUGCCGAGACAUAUAGGAAGUUUACAAUCAGAAGUUGAGGAAAUUCAGAAUUAUAUAGCUGAUCUUGAAAGGAAGCUUUCUUGUAAUGAUAUUAAGUUGAUUGAUAUAUUUAACGGUAGCUUCUAUCUAUGCGAACGUGGCAUCCGUCUAGCAGACGCGUCCCCAUAUCUCUCCAAUGGCGUACAGGGGCGGCUUGAGGUCCGUCAUAAUGGAGAGUGGGGGACGGUUUGUAAUGACGCUUUUCAAGGUUAUAGAUCUUCUGGUGUAGGUGAAACUUACAUAACAAACAACGUUAACGUGGUGUGUAGAAUGUUCGGGUUCCGGGAAUGUCACUAUGUGGACGAUGUGGGUGGAGGCAGUGGUACUAUCUGGAUGGACGAUGUGAAGUGUGGUGGCGGGGAGCCUAGCUUCCUGGAAUGCCCUCACCGUGGGUGGGGGAGUCAUAACUGUGGUCAUGGCGAGGAUAUAGGGUUCCGUAUGUGGAACUGAGGAAAUAAUUACGCAAGAACAUUGUUCUUUAAAUGUAACCUAAACAACAAACUUUGAUACAAGUAUUAUUUCCUUUCAUAUUCAUUCAUACGUUAUUUUAUUGAGCUUUGAAUUGUACAUUACUGUUAAAUGUUAAAUUCUUAGGAUGGACGUCGAAAAUAUGUUUUACAUUACCUAUUGUGAUUCACAUUUUGCUACAUAUAUACACAUAUUGAUACAUUUCGCCGAUUGUUCACAACUUUUUGGAGUUAAGAACGUGAUUAACGAUACUGUUAAAGGUGAAAUACCUCAUAAUGUGCUCAUAUAUUUAAAAAUAACAAGUACAGCUGAACAACUUGUCUCAAAUCUUGUUAGAAAUACUGCAUACCACAAGUGUAUGCAUUACACUUCAAGAGGAGUAAAGAUUUGGAAGUUAACAAUACUGACGUUAACAACGUUCUUGACUCUAACAGAUUGUUCCAUGGUAACAUUUUCGCCCGAUUGCGUUAACACGGUUUUGGUUUAUGUGUACUUUUCUGCCGGAUAGCCCUGAUGCCGUCAUAAACACCAUAUGUGAUAUUGAAUGUCAAAAUGCGAACGAAAGAGCUUCUUUACCGAGGUGGGUGAAACUAUAUAAAAAUAACGAGGAGUAAGGAGUGAAAUAAAGGAGAAUGAAAACUAUAUUGAAAGGCAAUGUAACAGUUUACCGUUAUUUCAUAGUUGCUUAGAUAACAGUAUAUAAAACUAUUUCGAAAUUCCAAUGACGUCAUGUUGUAAAACAGCAUAAAAUUACAUAUUUUAUUUUAUAAAAGAAUCAGAAAAUAAAAAAAAUAUAUUAACGACUAUAUG